GGCUCUCUCAAAAAAAAAAAAAAAAGGAAGCAUAAUGUUAGGUUGAACUUUAUGGCAUUGCUAUUGCCAUUUUUGUAAGUCAGUUUCAUGUGGUUCAACCUAAUAUAUUGGUGAAAAGAGUCCAAGGCAAACUUGAAUUCAAAUCCCAGCUUCAGUAUGCAUGAUUCAGUAUACAACAUCUCAGUUGUGUAACCUUGGACAAAUGUACUAACCCUCUCUCUGAGCCACAGUAGUCUCAUCUGUAAAAUGGGUAUAAACAUAGUCUGUACCUCAGGGUUAUGGCUAAGAUUAAAUGGAAUAAUGCAUGUAAGGGGUCUGGCGCACUGCAAUCCCAGAAUAAAUGGUGGCCAUAAUUGUGGGUGGUGGUUUUUUCUUUAGUUACUGUAUUUUUCAAAUUUCCUAUAAUAUAGCUUUUUUUAAUUCUAAAGCUAAUAAACAUAAUUAUUUAAUUUUUUUGUUUGUUUUUGUUUUUUGAGAUGGAGUCUCACCCUGUCACCUAGGCUGGAGUGCAGUGGCACAAUCUUGGUUCACUGCCACCUCCAGCUCCUGGGUUCAAGCAAUUCUCCUGCCUCAGCCUCUCGAGUAGCUGGGAUUACAGGCACCCACCACCACGCCUAGCUGAUAUUUGUAUUUUUAGUAGAGACGGGGUUUUACCAUGUUGGCCAUGCUGGUAUUGAACUCCUAACCUCAGGUGAUCUGCCCGCCUCGGCUUCCCAAAGUGCUGGGAUUACAGGUGUGAACCACUGUGCCCAGCCAAUUAUUUAAUUUUCAAAGGAAUUGUGUUCUAUGCCCUGAAGAUCUUGAGUGGGGACCUUGAGGCUGUUACUGGGAAUGUGGUUGAGGGCUUUCUUCCAGCCCUGCUGUGGCUUGGCUUGGCUGGACAAACACAGUGACCUGAGAACAGGGCUAGAUGUUUCUUCUUGGUGGGACCCUGGGAGCUUUAUUUACAAAGGACAUUCUGUCCCACGGCCCAAAUUGCUCCCUCACUCCAGCAUCUGCUGUAUUGACUGAGCCUUUUAGAGAGGCUGCUUUGACCCAUCCUGUCCCUCAAACUCUGGGUCACAGUGCUCAGUGUCCACCUUGUUCAUGACAGCCUUUGGCAUGGUCCUCUUCACUUAGAAGUAGCUUCUGGGUCCUGAGCACAGAAGCUGAGCUCAAUUUUCAUAAUGUUCAGUAUCCAGGAGUGGGCUACAGAGUUUUGUUUUAUUUUUGAGACAGAGUCUUGCUUUGUUGCCCAGGCUGGAGUGCAGUGGCGCGAUUGUGGCUCACUGCAACCACUGCCUGCUGGACCCAAGCGAUCGUUCCACCUCAGCCUACUGAGUAGCUGGGACUACAGGCAUGUGCCACCACAGCCAGCUAAUUUUGGUAAUUUUUGUAGAGACAGGGUUUCACCGUGUUGCCCAGACCAGGGCUACAGUUUCUGUUUAGGUUGAUGCAAAAGUUUUGGAAAUAAAUAGUGGAGGAAAUAUAGGGUACAGACUUUCAAUUAUAAGAAGAAUUCUGGGGAUCUAAGGUGCAGUACGGAUGGGGAUGGAUGUGUUCAUUAAUGCGAUUGUGGGAAUCAUUACACAAUGUGCACAUAUGUCAAAUCAUGUACACAUUGAAUAUAUACAAUCUUUCUUUGUCAAUUAAAUAUUUGUUAAAAUAGUGGGGAUAAUUGCACAACAUUGUGAAUAUAAUUGAAUGCAAUCAAUGACAUAAUAUUGUACACUUAGAAAUGAUUAAGAUGGGUGGGGCAUGGUGGCUCAUGCCUGUAAUCACAAAGCUUUGGGAGACUGAGGCUGGAGGAUUGUUUGAAGCCAGAAGUUGGAGUCCAGCUUGGGCAACAAAGCAAGCCUCUGUCUCUGUGAAAAUAGAAAAAUAAAAAAAUUAGCCGGGUUUGGUAGUAUUUCCCAUAGUCCCAGCUACUCAGGAGGCUGAAGCAGGAGGAUCACUUGAGCCCAGGCAUUCAAGGCUGCAGUGAGCUCUGACUGUACCACUGCACUCAAGUCUGAGUGACAAAGUGACACCCUUGUCUCUAAAGAAAAAAAUGGUUAAAAUGACAAAUUUUGUGUUUAGAUUUUAUCACAAUUUUUAAAUUUAUAUAUUUUUUUCUUUUUUUUUCUUUUUUUUUGGAGCAACCUUAUUAACCGAACCACAAUUUAAGUAAAAAAAGAAAAAAAAAAAAGUCCAGAAUGCACUAAAGGGAGGUUUCAUGAAAUCACCUGGGACUGACUGAGCCACAGUAGGAGAUCUGGAUUUAGGCCCUGUUCCGCUUCUUAUUUGGCUCCAUGACCUUGGGUAACUUAAAUCCUCUGAGGCUCAGCUUUCUCUUCUGCAAAGUGGCCUGAUAUGAUGCUGCCCUCUGAGGGUGUCAUGAAGCUAAAAUAUGAUCAAAUGUGUGACGCUCUUGUAAAAAAAACACUCAGUAAUUGUUCAUUAGCAUUGUCCUACAACCACCACCAUCAAAAAAAAAAAAAAAAAAAGAAAGAAAGAAAGAAAGAAAAGAAAAAAGAAAGGAAAAGAAAAGAAAGCAUUAUAAACAAAAUACCAGAGUACAUUGUUUUGCUCUGAGGAUGCCUGAAAUGCCACAUUAAGGCUGUUUGAUGGGAACCUCCAGAAACAAGGAAGGGAAGAGGGGAAACUAAAGGAAUCUCUCAAUCUCUGGAUCCUCACUAUGAAUGAGAUACUGUAUGUUCUCUUGGAUUGGCUAUUUUUUUCUUUUUCUUUUUCUUUUUUUUUUAAAUUUUUUUUUUUUUUUUUGAGACGGAGUCUCACUCUGUCGCCCAGGCUGGAGUGCAGUGGCGCGAUCUCGGCUUACUGCAAACUCCGCCUCCUGGGUUCAUGCCAUUCUCCUGCCUCAGCCUCCCGAGUAAAUGGGACUACAGGCGCCCGCUACCACGCCUGGCCAUUUUUUUGUAUUUUUAGUAGAGACGGGGUUUCACCGUGUUAUCCAGGAUGGUCUCGAUCUCCUGACCUCGUGAUCCGCCCACCUCGGCCUCCCAAAGUGCUGGGAUUACAGGCGUGAGCCACCGCGCCCGGCUUUUUAAAAAAUUUCUGAGAUUCAACCAGAGCCUACUUAGAACUGGGUUGGCUUUUGUGGGACCUACAGGGAGGUGGCAGUGAGACCUAAGGUGUCAGAGAAGCAAAGGAGCACAGACUGGUGAAGGCUCGGGUGCCGAGGAAGCACCCCCAGCAUCACAAUUUUGUCCCAGUGUUGGGCAGAGGAGAAAUGUCCUUAGCUUGUCUCCUCUUCUCCCUCUCUCCCUCUUUCCUCUGCCUUCAUACCUUAAGUUGACUUUCCCAUCUUUCUCCUGGGAGAUUUAUUUCUGUCCCUUUUUUCAUCUAAAGCAACGGAAAUGAAUCAUCUUUCAGCCGGUUUAAUAAACAGCCCCAUGCCCCCUGACCCCAGCUGACUCUCUCACUGGUUCCUCUGUGGCUGCUCCUGGGCUAGGCCUCACCCCCUCACAGGCAAGACCCCCUCAUGGCUGGCUAUUCUUGGUAAUACUCUCCACCCUCCCUUCCUGCUCAGUCCUGGCAGCUUGACCUCCUCCACCCCAGGGAUGACGGGAAUCACACACAGCAUUCCAAGCGACAAUUCCACAAGCUGACCAUAGGGGCAGGGGAAGCAAGGAGGCCACCAUGUUUGGAGGGUUUCUUUGUGCCAUUUCAAUGACCCUAUUAGUGGAUCUUACACUCUCCAUUUAACAGUUGAGGGUUUGGAGGCUCAGAGAAGUGAAGGAACUUGCCCAGAGACGAACAGUUGGGAAAUGUGGAAAGGAGUCAACAUUUAAAGCCUGAAUUUCUGGAUUCCUGAAUUCAUUCCAUUACACCAUAUUGCUGUGCGUGUGUGUGCACGUGUGUGCUUGCGCCCGCAUGUAUGUUGAAUGGGAGUGUGGGCAGGUCAGCUAGAACAUCAGCUGCAAUUCACCAGGAUGGAAACCUGAUUUUAUCCUGAAGGUUAACACCUGUCUAUCAUAUGCAUAUGGCUUAAUGCAUCUGUAUGCAUUAAGGCAUUAACCUACACAGAAGAUGGCAAGUAUGUACAGUAUGUAUUUCACCAGGAGGCCCAUGAGUCAUUGCAGAUGAUGUCAAGGAGUAACGAAGAUGAUGUCAAGCAGUAACAAAGAUGGGAGAGAGGGAAAGAGGAAAUGAAAUGCCCACAUUUAAGACCACCUAUACCCUGCCUUCACCUCGCGGUGAUGGAACUUCACAGGUUAAAGUGCCUGGCUGUGUCCACCUUGGUGAAACCACACUUUUCUGGUGAACAAAAUCAUGCAACUAUUAGUUGGACUUCUAAAAAUGUGCAGGUAUCAUUUAUAGGAGCAAUAUGGAAUACAGACAUAAAACUGCUGACGUCAAACUCCCUGGUGUGGACAUGUGUAUGUGUCUGCGGUCAGAGAGUGGAAUUAACACAAGCAUAUAAAUAACCGUGAUGCAAGGUAGAUAGAAAGUGCUCAGGUCCAAAACAAAUGGACAGAUACUACAACAGUAUUCUUGGAGACCCAGAGGCUGGAAAGAUUACUCCAGGCAGGGUAUCACAGAAGGCUUCCUGAGGAGGUGGCAUUUGCAUGUAAAUACGUCUCCAAAUAGAUGUAAGAUCUUACAUUAACAGAACGCUUUAACAGAAGUUAGAUUCUGGUUAAUUUUCCAAGAAGCGCUGAGAUGCAGAUAUAUGCCCUUGUUCCUCUUUCAUAGACGUGGAAACUGAGACCCACAGAGGUUGAAUAGGUUGUCCACAGUCUCGUAGCUACCAAGUGACAGGCCACGAUUUGAUCUCAGGCCAGUGUGUUAAACUCCAAUUUGCGUGCUCCUGUCCCUCCCCGCGCGUCGGCGGAGCUCGGGGCCGGACUGGACCGGCCGAGGGAGGGGCGGACAGUCCUGACGGUGCGGGGCGGGGCUGGCGGCCGCCCAGGCCUGGCUGAGGCGCCGCGGCCGGGUCCCUCUCCACCUGCCGGGCGGAGCGCACGGGCCAUGGGCUGAGCCCCGCUGAGCCCGCCGGGCCGGCCAUGGGCGAUCGCGAGCGCAACAAGAAGCGGCUGCUGGAGCUGCUGCGGGCGCCGGACACAGGCAACGCGCACUGCGCCGACUGCGGGGCGGCAGAUCCCGACUGGGCCUCUUACAAGCUGGGGAUCUUCAUCUGUCUCAACUGCUGCGGCGUCCACCGUAACUUCCCUGACAUCAGCAGAGUUAAAUCUGUGCGACUUGACUUCUGGGACGACAGUAUUGUGGAGGUUGCUGUUGUCUUGCAGUUUAUGAUCCACAAUGGAAACCUCCGUGUGAAGGCCAAGUUCGAAGCCAGAGUCCCAGCUUUCUACUACAUCCCCCAGGCCAACGACUGCCUGGUCUUAAAGGAACAAUGGAUUCGAGCUAAGUAUGAGAGACGGGAAUUUAUGGCUGAUGGGGAAACCAUCUCGCUCCCAGGUAACCGAGAAGGAUUCCUGUGGAAGCGAGGAAGGGACAACUCACAGUUUCUGAGAAGGAGGUUUGUACUUCUGGCAAGAGAAGGCCUCCUGAAGUACUUCACAAAGGAACAGGGUAAAAGCCCCAAAGCUGUCAUCAGCAUUAAGGACUUGAAUGCCACCUUCCAGACAGAGAAGAUAGGGCACCCCCAUGGGCUGCAGAUCACCUACAGGAGAGAGGGCCACACCAGGAACCUGUUUGUGUAUCAUGAAAGUGGGAAGGAGAUAGUGGACUGGUUCAAUGCCCUCCGAGCAGCCCGUCUGCAGUACCUAAAAAUGGCCUUUCCUGAACUCCCAGAGUCUGAGCUCGUGCCAUUCCUCACCAGGAACUACCUCAAACAAGGCUUCAUGGAAAAGACUGGGCCAAAGCAGAAAGAACCUUUCAAGAAAAGGUGGUUCGCCCUGGAUUGCCAUGAGCGGAGGCUGCUCUAUUACAAGAACCCACUGGAUGCCUUCGAGCAGGGCCAGGUUUUUCUUGGGAACAAGGAGCAGGGAUAUGAAGCCUAUGAAGACCUGCCCAAGGGCAUCCGAGGAAAUCGCUGGAAAGCCGGACUCACCAUUGUCACCCCAGAGCGGAGAUUUGUCCUCACUUGCCCCAAUGAGAAGGAACAGCAGGAAUGGCUGGAAAGUUUGCGGGGUGUCCUGUCCAGCCCCUUGACGCCCCUCAACCGGCUUAGUAAGAAGCAGGAACUGAGGGGUGUUCUUUUGGCCAAGGGCAGAGGACAGAAAAUUGCUUCUUCACUUAGGUUCAGCUUUGAUGCCACAAAAGAUUCCUGAUUCCUGAGUAUGCUCUUUUCGUUGUCUUCUCUUCCUGCAAAAGAAAAGCACAGACAUGCCAUUAUUGCCAAAAAGUCUCCUCUGUCCACUCUGGGUUCCCCUAACCGAGCCCUUCCCCAGGAGCUUUUAGAGGAGUUUGGCCCUGGCAGAACCCCUGGGUGCUGUCCGUACCCCUCGCGGUGUGGGGGCUGAGCAGCUUCUCUUUCCCUCCACCGUGCUCUAUGCUGAUCUUUUUUCUCGUGAGAAAACCCUGGCCUGUUAUUAUUAGCUAAGGUCACACCCGCUGGGCAGCUCCUGGGAUUUUUGGAUUCCUCCCCACUCCAGAGCGAAGGCUAUUUCUAGUGGCUUCUUUUCUCUGAGUCCUCCCUUCUGUCUGCCUCUCUCCUGUUCCUCCUCUUUACCAGUAGGGCUUCCUCAAUGCCGACAGCCCUGUGAAAAAAGAGGAGACAUGCUGAGCUCCGGCAGGAAACUGCUGGCCCAGGACCUGGCUUCUGGGGCACAAAGGAGAAUUUCUGUGUUUGGAAAAGUACAGACUGAGCAGGUGACCCCCGCACAGCCCCUUGGGGGAAACACUUGUGCCCUUUGAGUCUGACAGAUAUAAACACAGACUCUCUUGACUGUCCCACAAAGGCCAAAGCCAGAGAACCUCAGAAAGGGACUUGCAAAUUGUGAGUGAGGCAUAUCAGCUGGUGCUUUCUUUUCUCUGUGGGCUGCCAUUUAUGAAUCUCUUGGUUUCUCUCUGUCUCUGUCCCUCCACUUUUCUCUCCUUUGCUGGUGUGUGCAUUCCCUCUGACGCCCUGGCUCUCACUCUUUCACUCUGUUUUUUGUUCUGGUUCCCUCUGUCUUUGUGGUUUUUUUUUAAUUUUCUUUUUUUGAGGUGGGGUCUUGCACUGUCACCCAGGCUGGAGUGCAGUGGUGCGAUCUCAGCUCACUGCAACCUCUUCUUCCUGGGCUCAGGCAAUCCUCUCACCUCAGCCUCCCAAGUAGCUGGGACUACAGGCUUGUGACACCACGUCUAGCUAAUUUGUUUUGUAUUUUUGGUAGAGACAGAGUUUCACCAUGUUGCUCAGGCUGGUCUCGAACUCCUGAGCUCAAGUGAUCCACCUGCCUCGGCCUCCCAAAGUGCUGGGAUUACAGGCAUGAGCCACUGCGCCCGGCCAUGGCACCCUCUGUCUUUGUACGCCUGUCCCUUUGCUGUCCCUCUCCUCCACAGGACAGCAUUGGCAUGGCCACCUCCCUCAGCCCUCUUCAUUUCCCUUGUAGCUGCAUCAACAGAGAGUGGCCGCAGCAGCAGGUGACCCAUUAACUGAGGAACUGGCUGCCACUGAACACCUGGAACUCCUUGUGGGAAGAAGUUUGCACCUCAGCCCUGGCUGCCCACCAUCAGUGCCCCGCAGUCAGCAGCCAUCCCUGGCAGUGAACUCUGCCAGGACUGAAGCUGUGGCUUUAUCCAUCAGCUCCCUGGGCCUUCCCCGCAACCCACCCUGGGGAUCUGAGGAUCUGGUGCAUAGAUGAACAUCUAUCCCCUCCUCCCCCAUACACACCUAGGCUUGAAAUGCCCUACCGGCCCAGAACUUUCUCACAUCUGAAAUGGAGGCAUUGCAAUGAAAAGGCACCCACAGCAUCAUGCAAAUGGCAUCUUGUAAAAAAAAAAAAAAGUUUAAUCUGAAUCUAACUAUGAGGAAAUAAUCAGACAAAUACUAAUUAGGGGCAUUCUGCUAAACAUCUGACCCAGACUCUUCAAAAAUGAAGAGUGAAAGAUAAAGUAGUCAAUGGCCGGGCGCAGUGAGAUUGCGCCAUUGCAUUCCAGCCUGGGUGACAGAGUGAGACUCCGUAUCAAAAAGAAAAAAAAGGAACUGAAUGAAAUCUCAGAUGGCUGAAAUGUUACAGAAACAGAGCACCAAGUCCCCUGCUCUGUGACUCGUUCCUUUCCUCUGUCUUCAAGCAACACGCAGAAAUACACUGGAUGUUCUCUCUUCACUUCAAUGGAGACCCAAGGAGCUGGGAGCGUCUCUUAAGAGAUUCUCUGUGGCUGGGUGUGAUGGCUCAUGCCCAUAAUCCCAGCCCUUUGGGAAGCUGAGGCAGGAGGAUUGAGACCAGGAGUUCGAGAAGAGCCUGGGCAACAUAGUGAGACCCAAUCUCUACAAAGAAAAAAAAAAUUAGCUGGACAUGGUAAUGAAUGCCUGUAGUCCCAGCUACUCUGGACGCUGAUGUGAGAGGAUCACUUGAACCAGGGAGGUCAUGGCUACAGUGACCCCUCAUUGCACCACUGCACUUAGCCUGGGUGACAGAGUGAGACCCUGUCUCAAAAAAAAAAAUCUAUGCAUUGUAUGGGACUUUCCUUUGGAUCCCCCAAUCAAAGGAUAAGCAAUGCAUAAGCCUGUGUCCUUCCUGAAGCUUCUCGACUGCCCAGAUAGGGAGGUGAGUCCUCUCUAUCUCCUCUGGCUCUGGAAGCACCUUGAAAAUGUGCAUUUUCAAGGACACUUGCUGGGCUGUGCAUUAAGGGCCAGUUUACUUGUCUGCCUCUUUGACCACCUGUGAACUCUGUUGGGUGUACUCUGCUAAGUUCUGGGGAUGAGGAAAUUAAUAAAGGUACAGUCUUGCCCUCAA